AUGGAAAGAAAAUCAUCCAGUAAAAAUAGAAAGGAGUUUCAAAGUACUUUACUUAAUGAAUCACUAGAUCGCGAUUAUUCAUUAGAUAGAGUCAAAGAGCCUAGAAAAUAAGUAUUGGAUUUGAGAGCAUCUCAAAAAUCUCUGAAGAAGCUUAAAAAUAAAAAUUUUGUUGAGCAUACUAAUGAUUCAGUUGAUUAUUAUGGUUUACUUUAGGCUGAUAUGAAUUCCACUUCAAGAAACUAAGGCUUUAGGAUGUCUCAUAAUUCGGGUUUGCCUAUGAAAAUACAUUUAUCAAGUUUGCUAAAUAGUGUAGAGCAGAGAAAUGGCCAGUUUAAAAAGUUGAAGCCCUAAAAGAAAAAUCUACUAUUUAAUCAUUCGUAAGAUAGAAAUAACACCAGAUACGAGGAGAGCUAAAAGUAUUAGACUCGGUAAAAUAAUCCAACAAAUAGUAGUAGUAACAAUGCAUUUCCUCUAAAGAUGCUAAAAAAAUAAUAAAAUAAGCAAGUUUAAUCAACAACUGAUAUGCUACACUAAACUGCUUCAUAAGAGUUUACUGUUAAUCAAAGAUCUAUAGAUAGAACAUAUAAUUCUGGUGGCUCUGACAACGAGACUCACUCUCUAAACUUUAAUUCGUUUUUGUAGAAAAAGAUUAAAGUCAAUGAUUCACUUUCCUCAUUUACUAAAAAUAGCAAUAGCAAAAUGAAUGAACAGCUUUCAAUUUUAGAUUAAAUGGAACUCAAGAAAUAAAAAGUAGAUCCUGGCCUCAAUAAAGACUGUUCAAGUCUACUUGUCUAAGCAAAUAGAGAAAUAAAAUCCCUUAACUACAAACUACUUAGGAUUGUGUCAAAUGAUGACUCUCACAUGAUUAUCCAUCCCUUAAGAAACAACAAUAUUGAAAUAAUUGAAAAUACACAUAUGUUUUGCAAGGUUAAUGUAAGAGGGUAUAUCUAGCCUGCUAAAUUUACCAUCUACUUCAAGAAAGAUAUAUCUUAGCAGUAGAAAGGAGUUUAAAAAAACAUUCCUAAGAAAGUAUUAAUAGAUCUUAAAGUGUAUUUGAGCACAAGUUAUAAGGAGCCAAAUGAAAACUAUAAUGAUAAAAUUAUCAUAAAUCCAGAGUCUAAAGAAUAGUUAAAGAAUUAGCCGGAUUUUAUCUAUUUUACUCUCUAUAGCGCACAAAGUCACAGCGUGAAUCUUACAGUUACUUUUCCUUAAGAUCCAAACUACUAAGUAAUAGUAAAGAAGCCAACAUAAGUGCAAGUAGAGAAUCAGAAUCAAGAUGAGAGUAUGCUAAAUCAAACAGCAGAAGAACAAAUAAGUGAAAAUAUUGUUUUGAAGCCUUUAAAGAGAGAUAUCAAGGAGAUUGAGUAGUCAUUAUAAGAAACAUAUCAGGAGUACAUGAAACAGAAAUAUGGGAAAGCUGGAGGACCUGAUGAAUAGCAGGCAUCUAGAAACUUUAUUUGCCACAAUAAAUCCUAACUUAGUGAAUGGGACAAUGUUGUUGAAGCUAAAAAAUAUCAGGUAUAAGAAAUGAAUCAAAAGCUUUAAUACACCAAGUAAAAGAAGGAAGAAAUAGAGUCUGAACUAAGAAAGAAGAAGUAUUUCUAGUUAUAUAGAUGGGAUUUUAUUAGGCUUAAAAGGGAAGAGUACAGAGUAAGAAUCGAAAAACUUAAUGUUCUCAAGAAGAGAAAGUAUGAAUGGGUAACUGCAAUGAAGCUACUUUUCGCUAUGAGGACUGCUUUCUUAAAGUUUGAAACCCAGCGAAAGGAGAUGCUAAGAGCUGUAAAGAUGAAGUUGAGUGCUAAAAAACUUGAUACUGUAGAGGUAAAUUAGCUUUUAACUUAAUUCCUUAGUGCAUUAAGAUUUGGUGGUGGAAUAGCCAUAAAAGACUGUGUUGAAAAUUAUUUUGAUCAAGAAAAAACUCAGCUCACUGCCUAUUUGUUACCCAGAAAAUCUAAAAAAUCAAAGUCUUUAAUAAAAAAAUUGAAUGCAAUAACUGAUCAUAUCAGGAAUCUUUUGCUCAAAAUUUAUCUUAAAAGAUAGUCGAAUGAGUUCUUUAUCAAAUACGGUAAUUGGAGAUAAUUCAUUUAUGGAAUCACAAACGAUGCGAUGGAAGAUUCUACUCUUAAAAGAAUGGAAAUCAUGACAUCGUUGACUAGAAUUCUAACUAAAAAUACCGAAUAAUACUUUGAGGAAGUUCAAAGUUUACUCCAGUAACAGCAAUAAUAGCCUUAAAUACCUACUCAGUAGAAAGAGAAAGUGCAGAAUUUAGAUCUAAAGGAUAACAUGACUAAAGAUAAAAUGUCUCCAAGCAAAAAUAACAAGCAAGCAUCAUAAAAUGGAAGUGUAAAACCGUCUGCUAGAUUAAGUAUUGGAAAUAGAGAGAAGCUAGCUUUGAUGCAACUUUUAUCAAAGACGGAUGAUCAGAGAGAUGAAAAUGAACUUAUGCCAAUGCUACUUGCUAUUCCUAAAAGAGAACUAAUGAUAAAGAUGGUCCUUAGAGCAGCAUAGAGCGGGCCACAAUUUGGAUUAUUCAUGAUAAUCCUAAAGCGAUCAAAUAUGCGAAUCAAACCCAAACACCCCAGGGGCAAGAAGAAGAAUAUCAAGUAUGAGAAAUUUUCAAAGCCAAACUAAUGUUUUUAUGUAGAGAGUGCUUAUUUGGGAAAAGAUUUAAUUCCUCCUCCAGAACCAUUACUCCCUAAAACAAUUGCUCCAAGUGAACCACUAAGAACUGGUGCACCUACACCUUUUUUGAAAUUGAAACCAUUCUGUCAAGAUCACCCUGAAAAUCCAUCUAAGUAGUUUGAUGAUGUAGUUGACAAGUCUAAAUAUAAGAUAGACAACCCCAUUAUGAAUGAGCAGAGUUUAAAGACUUUGUUCAUCCAAGAAUUCAAAUAAAAUGAAAAUAACCCUCUUGUUUAUAAUAGACAUUCAUCUCAAAUGGGAUAAACAGCAUCAGCAUAUCAAAACAGUGCCUACUAAAUACUCAAAAGUGAAAUAAAUCCAAUGACACUACUUGUUAAUGUCAAAGAACUUAUUUCCGUUGAUUAAAAGAAUCCAAACUAGAGUGGAGCUCCUAUUGUUCUUCCUUAUUAUACCCCAAUUGAUUAGAAUGAUAAGACAUUAGUCUUUGAAUCGAGGUUUGAAAGUGGUAAUUUAGCAAUGGCUUUCAAAACAAACGAUUUUGAGUAUAACCUUGUAUUAUCAAAUGAUAUUAACACUAAAGGACACACUUAAUGGUUCUUUUACAGAGUCACCAAUAUCUUUAAGGAAACAACUGUUAAAUUCAAUAUAUUGAAUCAUACCAAACCUGAUUCUCUCUUUAAUUAUGGCAUGAAAGUGCUAGUUUACUCUGAGGAAAUAUUCAAAAGUACAGGAGUGGGCUGGCAUAGAGAUGGAAGAGACAUUGCUUAUUUUUAAAACAACUUUAAAAAACAUGAUUAAGAUACAGUAUUUUUCGCUUACUCGUAUCCAUAUACAUAUUCUGAUUUGACUGAUGAUCUCACAAAUAUGGAAAAGGAUGCUAUAAAAUCUGAGUAUCUCAGUAGAAAUUAAAAAUCAGAGAGAAAGGGUGUAUUUCUUAGUUCAAGAAUUCAUCCUGGCGAAAGUAAUUCAAGUUGGAUGAUGAAAGGCAUAAUUGAUUUCUUGGUUGGAUAAUCACCAGAAGCAAAAGUACUCAGAGAGAAGUUUGUUUUUAAAAUAGUACCAAUGUUAAACCCUGAUGGUGUUAUUAAUGGAAAUUACAGAUGCUCUCUUGCUGGUGCAGACUUGAAUAGAAGAUGGAAGGCUCCUUCAAAAUUAUUAUUUCCUGAAGUAUUUGAAACAAAGAAGCUCUGCAAGUAAUUCUAAAAGGAAAGAUAAAUUGUACUAUACUGUGAUCUUCAUGGGCAUAGCAGAAAUAAAAAUAUUUUCAUGUAUGGCAAUAACUAUUCUGAAAAUCCAGAGUCUACUAGACUAUUUCCUUUCAUCAUGUCUAAGGUUCUAGACUGCUUUGCAUUUGAUAUGUCUAGAUUUAGUAUCCACAGGUCAAAGGAAGCAACUGCUAGAGUCUCAAUGUGGAAAGAACUCAAAAUUCCAGCUGUAUAUACUAUGGAGGCUUCUUUUUGUGGUCCAGAGAUAGGAAAAAAUAAUGGCCUUCACUUCACAACUGAGCAAUUUAUGGAAGCUGGAAAGAAACUUUGUAUCGCUCUUCUCAUUUAUUGUGAUAUCGAUGUUCCAAGAUCACUAAGAGAUAUGCAAAAGAAUAAAAAGAAAAAAAAGAAAAACUAGACUUAAUAAGUGAAUCCUUAAUUAUUGAAUGAAGAAAUAGCUUAGGAACUAAAAGACUAUACUAGAAAGCAAUUGAUCGCUGAACUGAUGGGAGAUAAAAAACUCUUAGUCUCUGGAAGUAAGGACGACGGAGGUGAAGAUGGAGGAGGAUCUGAGAGUGAUCCUUCAGAAGACAAUAUGGAAGAGGAAGAGAUGGCUAAAAUCAUUCCAAUCAAGGUGAUCCCUGCCAAGAAAAAAACAGAUACUAAAAAGCAGUAAUUACCAAUCAAGAAACAUUUUAAAUAAGAGGAGAUUAAGGAAUAAAAGGUUUAGCAGACUUAGGCUAAAAAAUCCCCAACCAAGAAGUUUAAUAGUGGGGGUUCAUUUUUUGAUAGAGUAAGACUUCCAAAAAGCUAUGGAAUGCGAAGAGUAGAAAUGGUAGAUGCUUGGACAUAAACGAGUAACAGAGGCUCUGACAAUGAAGAAUCUAAAAAAGAAGAUCCUAGUAAAGAUGAAGGUGUAUAGGCAUAAUUGAAAGAUUUGAAUGAGACUAAUGUUGACAUCUCUCCAUCGAGACCAAGAUACUAAGUUAAUAAUGAGUAUUCAAUAGUUAGCAAUACCAAUGCUAGUCCAGAAAGAACUCUAUUCAACAUAGAUUCAAUUAGAAACAUGGAUUCAAACUCUUCCCAAUCAGUUAUUGUCUCAAAUCCCAAUAAAAAUAGAGUAUUAAUUCCAAGUAGUUAAAAAAGAUAGAGCAUAAGUCCAAAUAAAAAUGAAUUUACUGCAAUAAGAGAUAGAAUGCAAGCUAUGUAGAUUAUUAACUAAUACAUUAAGGAAUCGUAAAUGACUCUGAAGUAAACAUCUAGCAGCUAGGGGAUGAAUAUGUAAUACAAUAAUGAUCCCUAUAACUUUUUUGUCUAGCAAUAAUAAUAACUUUACUAACAAUCUCCUGAUAAAACACAAUAUGGGACUCAUGCAUUUCAUACUGAAAAGAAACCUAAUGUUAUGAAUUAACUUCAAGUUAAUAAACCUAUGAUCAUGGAUGAGAACUAGCUUACUCAUAAGAGAUAAGCUUCUAAUAACCCUCAAAAUUACUAUUUUGACUCUAAUCCUAAUCAAAAUGCUAUGCUAUUACAAUAAAUUCAUCUUUAAAGAGGAUUAUCUGAGGGUCAUCCUCAAAGUAUUAAUAGUAUUACUGCAAAUCAAAGAACUCUUGAAUUCAAGGAUAUUGUAAUUAGCUCUCAACUAAGUAACCAUCAUCCCACAUAGCUUUAGAUUAAUCAAAGCAUGAGGUCUUUAAGUGGCAACACUUAUUUAAGAUAAAAACAGGGUUAUAAAACCUCUGAAGAAUACAAUUACAGAAUGAUCUAGCAAAAUCAACUAAACUCUAGUGGAACAGUAAUGAGUCACAACACAAUUAAUAAUAAUUCACUACCUUAAGCAAGUAAUAACAUGUAGAAAACCUAAUUUAAUCCUUAAUAACUUAUGUAAACUGGAAAUGGAAACAGCAGAGCUACAACAUUACCAUAAUUGAAUAAUGACUCACUUUAAAAAUCUCAGGCAAUUAAGUAAAACAAAUCACAAAGCUUUUAUGAAGGUAUUAAAGCCUAAGGAUCAUUUAAACUUGGAAAUGGAGGAGUUGCCUUGAAUUUCAAGAAUGACUUAAAAGCAACAAGUGAAGAGCAGUUUUUCAAUUCUUCAUUUAUCAAAGGAAAUGUUUCGCCCAUGCCGUUUGAAAAUGUCCCUCAUUACACAUUCAAAAUUAAGCCAACAAUUAUAGCAUAGAAGAAUUCUUCUAAACAGCUUAAUAACAGUCAAAUAACUAAUGAAUCGAAGAGAUUAUACUAAUCUUAACCCAUUGAAGAAUUUACUCCCCAAUCCACUCAAAAUAAAGAACAGCUGAGCACACAUAUUUCGCAAAAAUGGACAAGUAAAAAUAGAGCUUAACAAAAUCUAAACUCAGGAAACACCCAUGCUUCCUCCAAUAAUAUGGCUGCAUUUAUCUCAACAACAUAGCAAUCUAACACAAACACAAAUAUUGGGGCAAAUAAUAUAUCGGUAGAUGAUAUUAAGAAAUAAUAGUAACAUACUGGCUUAGUUAAAAAGAGAAAACCAUCUGAUUCUGUUGGAGCAAACGCCACCUCAAAGUCCUUCAUUUAGAACAGCACCUCAAAUAAUCUAUUUCUAGGAAGUACUGCAAAGAGACCAAAGGGACCUGUAAGAAAAAUGCCAAACUAAGAACCAAUGACUGCUUCCUUUACUGUUAAAACCGGAAUCUCCAUUAAUAGAGGAGUUUCUAUCAACAAUGACAGAGAAGAUGAAGAUGAUGAAAAGUUCUACUCAAUGAGGGCUUCAGGUGCUUCCAAAAAAGGAGAGAAUCAGUAUGAUAUUGACAAUAGUCAGAGUGAUAGUGGUUUAUAUAGCACUCCAAGAAGACUCAAAUCUAUAAAACUUCAAAGCAAAAUGACUAAUAGUAUCGAUGCAAAUGACUCAAAUAAUAAUACCAAAGAUGAUGACUCUCAUCCGAAAAAAGUGAGGAAAGAUGCCUAUGGGAAUAAAAUAAGCAAGGGAGGAAAGAGGCAUAAACUUGUAUUUGCAGAUCAUAAAAUUAUCAAUAAACCUUUGCAUGAAAUACAUAUCGUGGAAUCAUACAAGAAAUAUAAUACCGAUAUGAGUGCAAAGGGAGAAAAUAAAAGCUGCUGCACGAUAUUUUGA